UCUUGUAUACUUUUAUUAAUUUACUCCUUUUACCUACCUAUUUAUUUACUGUUUUUCCCUCGUACAAAAAGGACGAAUCCACUAUUUCCAAAAUAUUUUGGGUAUUCGAUUAUAAUUGCAAGCAGAUGUGCUUUGUCUGUUUUAAGGAUAACUACACACAGUUGUUGCUUUAUCGAUUUGUAUAGGUACUAUUUAUUAAAAUUUUAUUUUGUUGUAUUGUUAGUUUUUGGGUGUGUCGAAUUUAUUCCACUUAUGGACAAUUAUAAAACGAAUAGGUGGAAAGUGAUUAUUAAAAACGUGGUGAACCAUUUUAGAAAUAAACCAACUCAAUGUGGCAUCACAUCUCCGUUCAAAAUGUCGUCACACCUAAAGGACCCAACGAUUGCUUCACAAAUCAAUCACAAUCACAUCCAAGAACUCAAUUUGGAUGAGAAAAUAAACGCUUAUAAAAAAAUUAUGAACAAAAACAGAACGGAAGUUGAACAAUUAAACAAUCAAACCAGCAUUUCCGAUUAUUUGAACGACAAUACCGACACAGAGAAUGGUACAAAAGGUUCCAGGUUAACCUUGCAAGACAACCCGUUCAUCCAGAACGAUCUUUACAAAGACUGUUCGCAAGAAACGAAAAACUCUACAGACUCGCUUUGUUUAACUGAUAUUCGUCAUGAUAAUACCAAACACAAACAACCCGUUAUGGGAAAGACAGCGUUAUUAAAAAAGACAAAUUUGGAACACUCUGACUCUUUCAUAGUCCAUAGUAUCAUUCUUAAUAAAUACGAAGAUGUUUUGAACCAUUAUGUCAAUAGAAUGUAUAGAAGGAGGUUGUCCAGAAGGAGUAACUCUGAAGAUGAGUAUAGCGAAAAUUGUACACUUCCUAGGUACUCUCCCUCGUCGGUCAGCUCCGUAGAAACGCCGGGCAGCAUUUCGGACUCUCACAAAAAUUAUUUCGGAAACGAAAAAAAGUUUUAUUCCGUAGACGAAUUGAACGUCGAUGGUCAAAAAGAAUAUUUGAACGAUUCGUCCAUGACUUGCUAUUCGUAUUUCAACAAUGGUAUAUCCACCAGCUGCUCUGAAUACGACCCAAAGAUAUUUUUGGCCAACGCCAUUGGAGACUUGACUACUUUGGAGUCUGGCUGUCAAAACCGUACAGCAGACACCACCGAAACCUGCGAAACCAGCGUCGGCACGUCACACAUAUCUUCUCUAAUUUCAAAAUCGAACUCCUUUUGUUCUUCUCUAAAAAGAAACCUUAAACGAAAAAAUUCCAAAAAAUCAAUCGCAGAAUCAGCUAAAAAUAUCGUACUAACUACCGACGAACUCCUGGAGCAAUACAAGAAGGAGUUGUCCAGACAAAAUUCGAUCAUUUUUCAAAUAUCCAAAGCUUUGAAUUUCUGCAAAAAUUCUAAAGACUUCUUUAUAGGCAGAGAAAGGUUGGAGGCUGAGAAAAUUCUUCUGGUAGCAACAAUAACUAAAGAGGCGCUAAAAACAGAAAUCAACACUAUAGAAUUUGAUACAUAUCGAAAUAUUUACGACCCUAGAUGUACGGGGAACAUCGAAAUAUCCGAGUUGGCUUUCAAAUUGAAAGACACGACCCAUCGAGAUCGGCUUGCUGACAACGAAGAACACUUUUUGAUGGUCCUAACUUGCGGCAAAAACGUCCUUUCCACCGAGAUACUUAGAGAAAACGAUGGCGUGGUGAAAUCAGAGAAAAAGUUCAAGUUUCGAAGUUUGACGACCGAUUUUGAAAUUUCUCUGUUCGUGUAUUCUUUGGUGAUGAGCAAGAUGGACUACAACAGUCAAGACCAAGUGAAAAAAUGCCCAUCGCCGAAGAGCAUCUUCAAAUGUAACACGCACUCGAGACAAUACAGAAGUUCGUACAAAUUCAAAGCCUCCGAACAGAUCGCUUUCGUACCGAUCGGACGUUGCCACGUCAGAAAUUCCGAAAUAUCCUGCAUAAAAAACGGGAAUUUGAAUUUGAAAUUGGAACAGGAUCCUGAACGGUCGUCUUUGCAACAGGAAUUCGAUAUGCGAAUCGAAACCAGUUUCCAAUUGACCAAUAGAUUGCCGGGAUUUUUGACUAUCGGUGUUGACAAUGAUAAAAAUUGUUUGACGUGGAACCGAAGGUGGUGCAUAUUAGAUGGAUUCCUUUUAAAAUACUGGAACUACCCCUCAGACGAAGCGUCCGAACCUCUAGGAGAAAUAGAUGUAAGACUGACAGCCGCCGAAAAAAUCGUUCCGGCUGAUAGAACGGUUUGCGCCCGCCCUAGAACCCUCGCCCUGCCCGUAAGCGACGCCGAUGGUGGAGUAAAAAAAUAUUUUUUAUCCGCCGAUACGCAGUCCGACCUGCUAAUGUGGGAGUCCGAACUGAAUUUCGUCGUGCAAUCGCUGAUGAUUUGGCGAGGGUCGAAACGUUGUUAAAAUAAAUCGUUAUAUGCAGGGUGGCCCAAGUUAUAGUUUACAAACAAGCUUAUAUGAAAAGAUAAAAAAAAUUAAUCGAAAACUUCUUUAUUGGUAUUCCAAUACCUUUUUAAUGACGUUUCUAAAAUUUCAUUGACUUUUACCACCCUUUGCAAACUAUUCCAAACUUUUUUUUAUCAAUUCACACCAAAUUACCCCCUUUGACUGAAGUUACCCCUUUCUCAAGUAGUUCCAAACACUAAUCUGACCGAACUUUACCCAUUCUUCUUCAAGAAAUACUAUCUAAACUACACUUUACCCCAGUUACCCCUUUUUACAACUUUUUAAAGACUACUACCCCAUAAUUUAAUCUAAAAUCAAUUGCCAUUUUAUUUCAAAUCCAGCGACAUCAUAUUUACUAGUUUUAAUUAUUUACUAAUGUCAAAUCAUCUUUAGUUCUAACUGGAUUUCAUUGUGAAACAUGUUUUUUGUUUGAGAUAGAACCAGUGCACAUUUUGCGCUCUUAUUUAGUAAAUACCAUAUCGCUCGUCCGACUGCAAUAGUGGCACAUCUCAAAAAAAUGCAAAUUUCUUAGAAACGCUUGCAUUAUAUUUGAAAGUGGCACAAAUGAGUAAGUAGUAAGCAUUAAUGGCAUAUUUUGAGUUAUGUCACUAUAAACCCUGUCUUCGACCUAUUUCGUUAAAUGUACCAGUAUAGUUUAUAUAAACUAUUCAAUAAAUUUGACUUAUCAGACUAAAAAUUAGUACACACAAACUCACUAGUGAUUACAGCCAAGCUCAUUAAUGUUAUUGAAGUAAUAUUUGGAAAAUUAAUACUUCAAAUACUUAAAACUUUAAUACUGAUUUUCUACUUUUAAUUUAUUUUUGAUUUGUACCAGUAUUGUCGUGAUAUAAACGAGAUUAAUUUUGAGCAUUUUUCUUACAUUCUCCAUAAACUAGUAACAUAUCGUUGGUGCAUAGGAAUAGUGACACAACUCAAAAAUUUAAAUUUGUGAGUUUAUUGUAAAAAUGUAUAACAAAAUUAGUAUAUUUUUAUGAGAAAGGACGACAUAUUGCUACUUCCAAAAAUGACAACUGGAAGACGAGUGUGUCAUUUUAUCCGUACUACAAAGUGGCGAGUUUAUGAUGAUGAAGAGUGACACAAAUCUAGUUGUGCUCCGACAGUCAAUGAGACUGUGAAUGAGACAAGAUCGGUCAUUUUUUGGUGACGUAAAUCAAAAUAUGCUAGUUUUAUUAAAAAUAAACUAAGUAAAAACAUUAUUUUCAAUAGUGAUACAACUCAAAUUAAGAUGUUAUUGUUGAAAAAAUACAAUCCCUUUGAACCAGUAACAUAUCUUUGAAUUACAAGAAUAGUGACGUAACUCAAAAAUUUACAUUUUCGAGCGAUUUCUGAAAAUAUAGCAAAAUUCAUAUAUUUUUAUGUGGAAGAACGACAUAUUGCUACUUUCAAAAAUGAUCGCUACAAAGAGGUUGUAUCGUUCUUCCAGUACUAUAAAGUUGUGAGUUUAUGAAGGAAGAAAAGUGAGACAAAUCUAGUUGUGAUCCAACAGUUAAUGAGACAAAAUCAGUAAUUUUUCGGUGACAAAUCAAAAUAUGCCACUUUAAUUGAACAUAAAAUGAGUAAAAACAUUAUUUUAAAUAGUGACACAACUCAAAUAAAAACAUUCAUCAAAAGAUAAUUAUCCAUAUUUCAGUAACAUAAUUUUUGAAGUACAAGAAUAGUGACACAAUUCAAAAAUUUAUAUUUUCAAGCAUAUUGUGAAAGUAGCAAAAUCCGUAUAUUUUUAUGUGGAGAAAUGACAUAAUAUUGCUACUUCCAAAAAUGACCACUGCAAAGCAGUUGUGUUGUUCUUCCAGUACUACAAAGUUGCGAGUUUAUGAAGAAGAAAAGUAUACAAAUCUAGUUGUGUUCCGACAGUUAAUGAGACAAGAUCGAUCAAUUUUCGGUGACUUUAAUCAAAAUAUGUCAGUUUUAUUAAGAAUAAACUAAGUAAAAACAUUAUUUUCAAUAGUGACACAACUCAGAUUAAGACAUUAUAGUUGAAAUUAUAUAUUCUCCAUAACAUAUUUUUGAAGUACAAUAAUAGUGACAACUCAAAUUAAAACAUUGUUGAAAAGAGACAUUCUCCAAUAAACCAGUAACAUAUUUUUGAAGUACAAGAAUAGUGACAUAACUCAAAAAUAGUUUUCAAGCUUAUUGUAAAGUACACCAAAAUUUGUAUAUUUUUAUGUUGAAAAACUACAUAUUGCUACUUCCAAAAUGACCACGAUAAAGCAGUUGUGUCGUUCUUCCAGUACUACAGAGUUGCGAGUUUAUGACGAAGACACAAAUCUAGUUGUGCUCUGAUAAUUAAUGAGACAAGAUCGGUCAUUUUUCGGAGACAUAAAUCAAAAUAUGCCAGUUUAAGAAUAAACUAAGUGAAAACAUUAUUUUCAACAGCGACACAACUCAAAUUAAGACAUUAUUGUUGAAAGGAUACAUUCUCCAUAAACACGUAACAUAUCUUUGUACAAGAAUAAUGACACAACUCAAAAAUUUACAUUUUUACGCUUAUUGUAAAAAUGUAUAGCAAAAUCCCCAUAUUUUCAUGUAGAAAAAAGACAUAUUGCUACUUCCAAACAUUACUGCUGCAAAGCGGAUGUGUCGUUCUUUGCAUAAUACAAUGUCGGAGUUUAUAAUGAUGAAGAGUGACUUAAAUCUAGUUCUGUUCCGACCAGUUAAUAGAAAAUGGCCUCAAUUUUCGGUUAUAGUGACAUAAAUCAAAAUGUCAAUUUCAUUUAAAAUAAACUAAGAUCAUUAGUUUUUCAACAGUGACACAAGUCAAAUUAGGAAUUAUUGUUGAAAAUCAUCAAUAUCAUGUGAAAUAUACUUUUUUGGAAGAUCGUCAUAACUCAAAAGAGACAUGAAGAUAUAUUUUAGGGUUUUUCUUAAUGGUAUCAAGCAAAUUUGUUAUUUUUUUAAUACAAGUUGAUUUAAAAAAAUUUUAAAAUGCAAGAUUACUUACAGGAAACGAGAAACUUUAAAAUGGAUGUCCUCGAAAAUUUAUGUUCUUUGAGUUGUGUCACUAUUCUUGUUUAUCAAAGAAUAUCAAAGUGUUCCUCAAGACUAUUUUUUUUUCUCAUUUGCUUUUUAUAUUACUACUACUUUAAAAAACUUUAUGUUUUUGACCAUAAUGGUGGUAGGAAUCCAAAAUUUUUGAAGAAGGUAGAUAAUUUAGAAAUCAAAAUUUUUCUUUUUUGAUUUUAUUAAAUUGAAACUACUAAGUAUUAUAUUGCACAUUUUCGAGAAUAACGACACAAUUCAAAAAUCAUCAAUUCUGAGAUUAUUGCACCAAUAUAAUAAUUAAAAACGUACAUUCUUAUGCAGAAAUAACGACACUUCCGUAGUUAUAAAAUUUACUAGAUAUAUUGUUAAAAUUGUUAUCACAAUUAUUAUUAUUAUCUCGAUUUUUGAGUUGUGCCUGUAUUCUCCCAAAUGAGCGAUAUGUAUUUAAAAUAUAGUGGCAAUUAAUUUUCAAUUAAAUGUACCAGAAGGAGCAUUUGAUAAAAAAAUGUUAGGGUUAGUUUUCAAAAGGUGGUAAAAUUAAAUAAACAUUUUUGAGGACUAUUGAAAAAAAAUUUUUUGAUUUAUCUUUAUCUUUUCAAAUAAGCGAGAUAUUUAACUUUGAACACUAUGUAUAUGAUAAUUUUGUUUGUUGCUGUUAAAUUAAGAAAAUCCGAAUGUUGUGUUUUGUUUUUUGUAUUAUUUAAAAUGCGUGUUUUGUAAUGUACAAACGAUGUAGUCGAAUGUUAAAGAGUUUUUUGUUAUAAACAAAAUAAUUCUAUCGAAAGUUUUAAUUUUAAAAUAUAUCUCAGUAUUUUUAUAAUAUACGAAGGAUUCCUUUUACUUUUUUGUCUGUUGUUGAACAAUAAAGUUCAAUAAACAUAUCUAUUUUUAAUUUUUAUCUACAUCCACUGUAUGACCUGAUAGAUGAAUAUAGAUAGGAAAAGAUGGGACAACCUCUAUAAAAAUCACUGGAAG